GCCACUAUCAUUCGUUCCUGACUCCACACGGGAACACACCAUCCCUGGAACACGGAAUCUGGCUGGGAACGGAGAAACGGGAAUGCACUGGGACGGAAAAACUGAGGAGAAUAAAUAUUACCUGCCAUCUGUUGGUCUUCCUCACUCAUCUGUCAUCCACUGUCACUUUUUCUUUUUCUUUUUCUGAGGAGAACUUCUUCAGAGCCUCCAGUGAAAACACAUACAUAUAGAGAUAUAUCUAUAACAAUCCUAUACAUAUAUCAAUAUACAGUAUGCCUGUUUUCAUAAACAGCGUAUGGGGGACAGAACUGAGCAGAAGGAAGACACCUUGAUUGUGAAAAUAAAAGCAUCAGGAGGACUAAAGAACCACAGAUAUUCUUUUGAGAGAACAGAACAGUGCAAAACACUGAGAAUGACUUGUGGAAUACCUCCGAACUGUAACGUGAGGCAUCUCUUCCUCGCUGGCAUCACACAAUGUUCAGUGGGACAAAGAUCACGAAUAAGGCUUGAUUCCAACAGUGUCAUUUCUUCAGGCUUCUGAAUUGGAAUUCUACCAAGUGUUGUUGUUUUUUUCUCGGGCCACGAAACAGUUUGUCUCAGGGUUAGAUCCUCGAAUCUGGAGUCUCUCCAAAGGGGAGGAAUCUUGCUCGCUCUCACUCUCUCCCUGUAGUGAUGACAACGGCGAGCACAUUGUGUGCUGAAGUGCCGUGGAAAGCUCUCCGUCUCGUUCCCUGAUGAGGGCUGCUUUCCCUGUAUCAGCUUGCCGUUUAGGAGCCGGACAACAACAAGUCAGCAUUAAACCUGCUCUAAACUUGGAGACAGAACUCUUUGCACAGCAAACUUACUUUCUUGGUUCACAUUAACUAAACUCCGCUGGUUUAAUUGUCCCCAGUGGCGCUAUUGCAUUCUGGGAUACGCACUGUGGGAUUAUUCAAAGAGGAUCAUGGCUGCCUCACACCUGUUUUUGAAUGUGUUGACUGCCGUUUUACUGUUGAGCUACGUUUCUUACGGUCAAAAAUCCAACACUGCCAGCACAGGUGAGCAAGCCGCAAAUCGGACGGCUGCUCCGUCUGGUGCCCCGGAGGUCACUCUUGCGACCCCGGGUUCAGACGCAGACGAAACCCUGUUGGCCGGGAGCCGCUGUUGGGGUUACUACGAUGUAAUGGGCCAGUGGGAUCCUCCGUUUAACUGUAACGCAGGAAUCUACCUGUUCUGCUGUGGCUCCUGCUACUAUCGAUUUUGCUGCCAGUUCAAGGUUCACAGUCUGGACCAGACGUCUUGUUCCAAUUACGACACGCCGGUGUGGGCCAACACAGGCAAGCCAGCGGCUCCGGUGACCGACGUCCAGGAGGAACCAGAUCGAGACCGCACUCACAUGAUUGUGUACAUAAUAUGUGGAGUGGUGGCCAUCAUGGUGCUGGUUGGGAUCUUCACCAAAUUGGGCCUGGAAAAAAGUCAAGGAGGACAGACGGACAUGACAAACUCCAGGGCCCUGACGGAACUGCUGAAACAGCCAGGCGAGCCCGGGGGCGUGGACAGAGGAGGAGGCCACCACCUUAUCGGAUCCAAUGGCAUAUCUGGCAGGUCAAUGCGCACCAACAACGAGCAUAACCAUCUGAAUAACGUCACGCUUCCUCCUUUGAGUCCCGGAAUGACUCUGUCCCAGCCUCACAACAACCUGGGCUUCAACAAAUACUCCUCUCUCAAGACCAUGGAUACUACAGCAAGGGAUUACUACCCCAAGAGCUACCCCAUGAUGGAUUAUGCACACCGUCAAUCCUCGCCUGCAACCUUCCAGCCCAUUGCUUUCCACCCAAAAGACAAACCCUUUCUUCCCCCUCCGGACAUCCAUACUCCUUUGGCCAUCACCAUUACAUCAGCUCAAGUCCCCAAGCCCAAGAUCUCCAAGACUAACACCCACCCGCUCACCUCGAGCUCGGCCUUCAAAGUUUGGGACCCCAACAAGAGCCAUGUCCAACAUCAGGUCCCUCUCAUGAUGCAGCCACAGCCACCACUGUCCCAUCCAAACAGUCGGCGCCAGGCCUUCUCCAACAAGCGUCAGUUUAGCAUCGAGACUCUUCCAGAGUUGUUCACUCAGCCUCUUGGGUACGGACAGUCUCCGCACCUCCACCCGAAACACAAGGGACUGCCCACGAACAGCAAAACAGAAGUGACGGUCUGAGGGGAAAGCCUGUAAAGGAUACAAACACAAGAAAGCAUGAUUAUGAUUAGACAACCGGAUGUGAAAGCUUCUACACAUGUGCUUCAGUUAUAUUUAUAGCAAAUUUCCUCCUUGUAUUUGUUUUGGACUAGAUUUAUAUUCAUCGCACUAUAAUACAAAGAACUGAAGGGGAAAACGUUGCAUGGUCUUGAUUUCAAUUCUUGAUGGGCCUUGAACCCCUGGUGAUCCUACCUCCCCUCUAAAAUUCUGGCCUGUUGUUCUUGUACUGCUGGCCUUCAGAUGUCUCUUGUGGCCCAGACCCAUGUGUCCAAUAGCAAAGGGCAGGAUCCUUGCACGUCAGGAGCCUUCACACCCUUCUGGACAAGGCCAUUGUGCUGUCAGCUUCCAUCAGCCAAGAGCUGCCACACAGUGAGAUAUUAUUUAGACAAUUCUAGACCACUGAGGACAAAGAACAGCGAGGAAGCAUACGGAAGAGGACAGCAAAGAAACCAAGGUGCCCCGUGAGAGGGAAAGAGAGUUUCAAGUGUUGUGAUGUCUAAGGGUUUGUUAUUUCAGUCAACGGAUAAGGGUCUAGGUGAAUUUGGCAAAGUCCAAUGUCCCUAGGUCUCUUUACCUCAACACCAUCACCAAAGGAUGCAUUCCAGCACUUGUCCAGGGAGCAAACCACCAACAUCAAGUCAUAGCUAUUCUGGCUGUUUCUAUUUCCAACUCUUGUUUGAGACACAGCACAGGUAAAGACAAGAUCGAUAAGCAAGUCUCUGUUACAGACAGACCUCAAGAGAGACUUUUCAGGGGACGACAGUCGCCCGCAGAGAUGAGGUGCCAUAGUGAUGGAGGAGGUGAACAAAUCUGGCAAUGUCAUAAGUAGCACUGCCAAAACAACUUUGCUAAAUUGACCCAUGUGUAUUCUCUGCAAUAUCUGUCAAACAGCCUGCUUCCUUUGAAUACUUCUGAAUGUAAAUAAUUAUCCUUUUGGUGAGAGCAAGAACCUCUUAGACAGAUGAUUUGGUGGCAAAAUCUAGCAUGUAUCAGCAAUACCUACACCCUAUUGUAGCAUCCUAAUGCACAUGGCAUGGGAAACCACUAAAUCUGGUUGUGGGCUUCAGAUUUAAAAUGAAAUGUUUAGGUGUCUCGGGAGUAGCUCAAGGAAAAUGGUAGCAAUACUAGGCCUAUCUGUCCUCUCCUGCCUGGGGCCAAAUGACUGAUGGACACAGCUGUCAAACUCACUCUCUCUCUGCUGUUCCAAGCUGUUCCCAGCCAGGCGUUUGGCUGCCACACUGCCACCGAACAGCAGGGGGCGCUGUAAUUGAUGAUGGCCUGCUUCUAAUACAGCAGAUCCAAAAUAUGUUCUCCCAUACUGCCUGUAGACACAAUUUUUUUUUCUUGUCUGUCUUAUCUUUUUUUCAUUGACAAUGGAUCUGAAUGGAGAUUUAUGGUUCUUGCUCAAAGACAAAAGGCGCGACCACAAAAAAAAGUUUAGAUUUUUUUAUGCACCAAUUUAAAGAAGACCUGCAGAGAUGUCUGAUGGUGACCUCUUGCUUCUUUACAUAAUAAUAAAGCAUCUGUUUACCAAGCAAACGGUUGUGUCUAAAAAGUAGCACACUUUGUUUGAACAGCCUUGGAAGAUUUUACAGGCCACCUAGGGACUAUAAAAGAGUGUGAAAUGUUCAACGAAACUGCUUGCAAAUAAAACGGCAGUAUUGCGAGAGGCAGAGAAGGAUUAUUGAACUCGGAAGGAGGAGGAAACGCACUCGUAAUGGUACAAAGCGUUCCUUUCUAAACACUAGUUCGCAUUAUAGUCAUUGCAGUACAUGGUACGGCAGUUGGGUCUGUAAUGAACUAUAAAGGACGAAAAAAGAAAGAAACAAGUAGCUCUCUCUCUUUAUAUCCUCACCAGCUUCAUUUUGGAGAUAAUUUCUACUUGUGGACCAACUCCAGGGACAGCAAUUCCAAAAAUAUGACAACAAUUACAGUUACAGCAUGUUCCUGGAUGGCUAUUUUCAACCGUUGAAUUGAUGCGAGGAUGUAUCAACAUGCUCUCUUGGGUCAGCAUCGAGUCAAAUUAUCCUGAGCUACUGUGAUGCUUCGUUCUGUUUCGGUGGCAAUGGCUCCAGGGUGUCAUUGGGUUUCAGGGGCAAAUCCUGGAGGACAGACACGGCUGUCAGACUCUCCUGGCACAGAGAUGUCAAGCGAUGCCAAGGUGAGCCAACUACACAGCCCUCUGCCUGAAAUGGAGCCACUUUGUCGCCCGGGAGGUCAUGAAGUCUGUCUUUGAGGAAUGCCGGAAAAGAGCAGAGCAGAUUUAGCUUUUGACAAAACCACAGUGACGAGAUCUCUGGCUAGAUCAGCUUAAACCCUGCAUCAGACGAAUCAGUCAAAUAAACUUUGACAUUAACUCAAUAAAGCACUGGAUUGGUCAAUUAACUACUUAAUUCCACAGGUUAAGGACUAUAAAGUGAAAUCAAAAGAGGUUGAGUGCAAUCACAUCUGAAACACAAAGAAACACAAGGUGUAAAUAUCUACUUUCAAAUUCCUUCGGUGUGAAGAAUCGUUUCCAGUGGUUAUUUUAAACCACCCAUAUAAGCUGAAUGACUGUUGUUUCUGAUUUCUUCUUAAAACGAAAGCGUUCUACCUGUGAUGUGAAUGCCACCGGGUAGCAUUUUAUCUUUAGCAAUACAUGAUGUACUUUUUACUGUUUAUGUACUAUUUGCAAUGUCGUCUUUUUUUGUACCGUAAGCGUAAUUGGAAUCAAAGUCGAGCCUGCCGCAGUUGACAACCAUUUGACGGAGAUGAAGUGCUUCCGAAUUUUAACACCCUUCUCACCUUCCUUACUAACUUAAAAGAUGUCUUGCCAUAUUUGAAGCUUGCGCUAUAUGUAUAAAGCCUAUAAUUUUUAAAAGACGUAUUAUAACCAAUGCUUGAAAGACAUGUUAGUUGCCAGUCCAGAGACAUGUACUAUGUAUAUUGGAGAAUCACAUUGUUCCCAUUUGUUUGGUGGCUCCAUUCGUUUGGUGGUAUGUUUGACCGAUCUAAUCUUAUGCACUAUUCUAAGCUGUACCUUUUGCGUAUGUAUAAUUAGGAUGAACUCUACUAAGGGCUUUAAAAGAGGUAUGUGCUCUUAAUAGGAGUUGCCCGUGUUCAACAUGGAAAGGGUUAGUUUUUCAGUACAGUUGCUUGUAUCGGAGCGGACAAAGUUUGCUAGGGUAAAAUAUAGCAAGAGAUUGCGAAAGUGAUGCUCUGUCCUGCGAUCAAAAUCUUGGGCAAUUUUUUUGCCACAACACACUCUGCGUGUGUGUGUUUGUGUAUUACUCUCCAUCGCAAAGCAAAAAUUAGGUUCCCUCUUUGAGAAAACGGGACGUUUCUUGUUUGAACCCUGAAGAGAUAUGCAAAAACGUGUUAAGGACAUAUGAGAGCUCAUUACAGAAGUGAAAAAAGAUGACUGCUCUAAGUUUGAACUUACCAGCAUUAAAGGAAAUCCAAAGCCAGCUACAGCAAUUGCAGGUUGAUCCUAAUUAAAAGCCAAUGGUUGUAUCAUUGAUAAAGAGAAUGACGGGAAGACUAAUUAGGCUUGUCUGUUGACUUAAACAAGGCCAGUUUUUUUACAGCAACACUAUAUUGAGAAAUAUCUCCUGUCAUGUUUCUUGUGUUUUACAUGUUUGCUGAUUAUAUACGCCUGUUUAUUCAUACAUCAGGGUUAAAAGAGCAAAAAUAUAUAAAUAUUGUGUAAAAAAUGUAUGUAUAUGAUGUGAAUAUAAAGCAGCAUUAGUUCACAGCCUUUCACAAACACAAUCACAAACUAAAGCUGAGGAUUUGACAUUGUAAACACAGCGUUUUGUGUAACUUUCCCAAAGGCUUUUCUAGAUGCAGCCAGCUCACGUUACUCCGUGUCCUAACUAGGUGCGAUGUGACACAUUUCCAAGUAAUUUAUUUGUCCAAAAUGCCAUGCAAACAUAGAAGUGACAGCUUGGUUUCUGGAAGUAUUAUUUCCCAAUGGUAUUUAAAAUAAGUGUUGAACUAAACAAACGUCUCAGAGAUCAUUCAAUCAACAUUUAAUUCGAAGCAAAAAAUAAAUAAAUUAAAAUGGGAAAAAGAGACUAUACUUUCUUUUGAAGCAAUUAAGUUUUCAUACCAAGAAGCACUGCAAAUUAUGUAAUAAAAUGAGCAAUCAGCAAACAGCAUACAUAAAACUUUAAUUACAUCAUUAGCAGGGCUUUUUGGGAUCACUGGGAAUAUUACUUCCUGUUGUGCUCUUGCAGGAUUUUGGACCAGUAACUUCGGGCUACCCAAAACAGUGCUAAUAACAGAAGUCAUGCCUGGUUAAGACAGAGUUGUUCACUUUCUGAAAUAAAUAGCCCACUGCACUCUUUUUAUUCCUUUUAUACACAGCUCUCUAUCAUCAGCAUUCACUCUCUCUUUCCCACUCGUCCCUCCUCCUCUGACUCUUCAAGGCUCAAUGGACGUUCACACUGACUGUGAUUAAACUAAAUGGUUUAAUACCAUUCUAAAUGGUAGUGGCCAUAUUACAUGGUUUAUGUGCCUAAAAUUGACCUUUACCUUACCUUAACUUUGUUACAUCAAUAGUUGUUGUCACUUGUGCCACCCAUAAAUUGGCAACUCUUGAUAAAAAGGAAAAGGCACUGUCAGUGUGUACAUCCAGACACAUUUCAUCUUUGUUACCUUGAAACUGACAUAAAUAUACAUACAGGGUCUGUAGAGGGGUGUAAGAAUUACUGAAAAGUUAUACUUUAGUAUGGGUACUGUGAGAGCAUUUUACUUCGUUAGCCAAAAAUAUAGCCUACUUAAAAAUAUACUCAAGGGAAAGAAAAAAAAUCUGCAUUUGCAUUACAGUUAAUAAAUAAAAUAAAAUAAAUAAAUAAAAUAGUACUUUUGUACAGCAAGGACACAUUCAAUUGUUCAAAAGUGACAGUAAAGACAUAAUUUUAUCUUACAAAUGAUUUUUAAACCUCAACUACUGCACCAUGGCUGACAAUUUCAUUGAUUAUGAGCUAGUUUUGUCGCGUCACUCGCUCGCAGUGUGGACCUGAUAUUACUGUAGUCUCUUCUCUCCUUGCUUUAGUCUCUCUGUUACUGUCUCGUUUGUGUUUGUUCCUCCAUUUCUUUCUCUCUCUCUAUCUCGUCGGGACAGUGGGAGGUGUAAGUCUUAGCUGUCAGUGAUAUCUAAGUUAAUAUGGGUCUCCUGAGGCUGGGGAGAGAGAGAGAGAAAUGGAGGAUAAUACAGUACAUGAUGAUGAAGAACUGUGGGUGGAGAGAGGAGAUCUGUCAUCCUAUCCUCUCGUUUCCAUGUACUUCAUCUCUUUUGCUUGUCUAAUGCCCCAUUUCCAUAUCUGCCAUGCUUUCCCCCCCCCUUAAGUCUGGUUGCACUUUGAGGAGACUCUGAAUAAUUCAGAGAAAUAAAAUUUACAGGACGGUGAAGGAGGGAGACAGUCAGGGAAACAGCUGUAGAGAGCAUGUGAAAGACUGGAGAUUCAAAAGCCAAGCUGAAAUGCACCUGUUUGAGAAGAACCACAGUUUUUAGUCAUGUAAGAGUGUAAGUUGCACAUUUUAAAAUACAUUUAUGGACUGUUCCAAAGGUCAAUGUCUAGGAAGGUUUGGUUUGACUCUAAAGGAGUAUCCUAAACUCAAAACAAGCUAAAGACCCCAUGAAUUUGCUUGAUGAGCAUGUUUUCUGCCCUAUGUUAACAUAUUCUCUGUUAAAACAGGAAGUUGAGGUUGGACACACUAAAAUCUCAUUCUUACUCUUCCUACUCUUUCUUACCGAUGUAAAAGUAUAAACACUGAAGCUAAAAUGUGUUAACGUGACACUAAUUUAAUAACAUUCCUUACUAACCUUGUCUGUACUGUAUAUCAAAUAAUAUCCACAUUUUCCUGUCAUGAGCUGUCGAUAUACUUGUUUUGAGAUGGAAUAUUCAUUUUAAUAUUAACAGAACAUUGACCAUUCAGUUCAUCUAAUAAUAAGAAUAAAAAAACUAAAAUUCCCAUGUUUCAAUGCAACAAUUUUUCUUACUGUCAUGAAGGAAGAGAUCUAACGUCGGCAUGAAAGCAACCUUAUUCAAUAAAUUGUGAAUAUUAUUAUGAAACCAAUUUUUACUGUAAGCAAUGAAAUGACUGAACAUAUGGUAGAGCACUUUUGAUGUUAAUGAUGACAAGGGCAAUGAUGAGGUUGAUGAUGCAUGCCGACACAACAGCAAAGAAAAUGCCAAUUGUUUCUACGACACUAGUUGCAUUUUCUAAGGAACAUACGGACACGUUCCAACUGAUUUAAUGGCUUUUUAAGCAUAAUAUGUUUAUAACAGAAACAUUGUUAAGUGUUCUUUGUAUAAACUUGUUUAAAAAAUAAAAGGCAAAGUGAAAAACUC